CUGAUGAUAUGACAGGCUGCUGUGCCUAUACCACUAACUCCUUUUGUUUACAUUGAGGGUGGUGGAUUGGUGCCGCGCUCUCCACCCCUAAAGUUGAAAAUGGUACAAUUUUCAGCGUUGUUACGUGCCAUAUAUGCCAUAUUUCUUCUCACAAGUGAUAUAAGAGUUCAAGGAGCAGUAAAUCAAAAUGAAAUGAAAGAACCAACUAUUACUGUGGUACUUCUGGCGAGGAACAAGGAACAUACCCUUCCACAUUUCUUGACACUGUUCGAACGGCUAGAAUACCCCAAAAAAAGAAUGGCACUCUAUAUUCGGUCAGACCAUAAUAUUGACAAGACCAUUGCAAUAUUGGAAGAUUGGUUGAAAUAUAACAAGCACAGAUAUAAUUUAUGUGAUAUCAAACUAGACAAGUUAACUCAACAUUAUCCUGGUGAUUCAAAAGGGACAGAAUGGAGUGAUGACAGGUUCAACAACAUUAUUCAAAUGAAGGAAGAAGCCAUGUCACUUGCAAGACAUAUUUGGUCUGAUUAUAUCUGGUUUCUAGAUAUGGAUGUUUUUCUGACAAAGAGUAACAUUCUUCAGUUGUUGAUAAGUGAACAUAAAGCAAUAGUUGGACCAAUGUUAAAUUCCCUUGCAACCUACAGCAAUUAUUGGGGUGGAAUGACUGCAGACUAUUGGUACACUCGUUCAGAGGAUUACAUCCCGAUACUAGAGCGAAAGCAGAAAGGAUGCUUUGCUGUUCCGAUGGUUCAUUCUUGCGUUCUGGUAGAUUUGUCGAGAGUGGUAUCGGAUAAACUCACAUUCACCUCGAAGAAUGUCUCUGAUUACAAUGGCCCAAAUGAUGACAUAAUUACAUUAGCAAUCUCUGCUAAAAAGGCAGAAGUUGACAUGUAUGUGUGUAACACAGAAAUAUAUGGGUUCAUUCCCCCACCUCUGGAUGAUGACCAACACUUAGAAGUAGAUUAUAAGCAGCUUCUAAGUAUCAAAUUAGAAGUUCUUGUUCAGCAUGAACCAUUGCCGGUGUCAACACAGCUGGCUAAGUAUGUCCCGCCACUACCCAAGAAAGAUAAAGCUGGCUUUGACCAGAUAUAUCUCAUCAGUUUAGUUCGGAGACCAGAGAGACGUGAGCGGAUGAAACACUGCUUUGAUGAAUUGGGACUUGACGUAAAGACGUUUGAUGCAGUGGAUGGGAAGAAACUAAAUGAUAGUUAUCUACGACAACUUGGAGUUAAGCAAAUGACAACUUAUAAAGAUCCGUGGUCAAAACGAGACAUGACAUUUGGGGAGAUAGGUUGCUUCCUUAGUCAUUACUUCAUCUGGGAAGAUAUAGUCAGGAAUGGCUAUGAAAAGGUGUUGCUGUUUGAAGAUGAUAUUCGUUUUGAACCUUAUUUUAGAGAAAAAGUAAAACAUAUGAUUUACCAUGCCAAUAGGUUGGUUGACUGGGAUCUCAUAUAUCUUGGUCGUAAGAAAAUGAAAAACUCGGAUGAACCAUGGGUUGAAGAUUCAGACAUACUGGUAUAUGUGGACUACUCCUACUGGACACUGUGUUAUGUCAUUACUCUCCAGGGUGCAAAGAAACUUCUUGAUGCCCAGCCUCUUGGCCAGCUGAUACCUGUUGAUGAAUACAUUCCUAUUAUGUUCAACAAACACCCAGAGACAGAUUGGAUGGAGAAGUUUCCUGUGAGGAAUUUAAAUGCAUACUCAGUGGCUCCAUUAUAUGUCUUCCCCACACACUACACUGGUGAAGAAGGCUACAUAAGUGACACAGAAGAAUCGUCCAUCAUUCAGGAUGUUGAGAGUGCUCCUCCCACAAUGGACUCCAAUCUAGAGGGUAAAGGAUUAGAGCUUGAGGUUGAAUUUAAUGGAUUAGCAAAGGAUGAACUUUGAGUACAGUAAAAAUUUAUAUCUUUUUGGACACAGCUAUUGUUAUUAAUUUAUACUUUUUUAUUGUAGUUAAGAUUAAUCACAAAAACUAAAUUAUUAAUACAUUUUAUUGGUAUCUUCGAUUUUGUCAACAAUUUCUUAUUGAAAAGUCUCUUUAAUUAUUGCUGUGUCAAAUCCCUUUCAUUGUUAAUAGAUCAAUGCUAAAGUAAAUGUCAUUUAGUCAUUUGAAGGAUGUGAAUCUCAGAAAGAAGGUAUAACACUAGACUUUCUACUGUCCAUCAUAGUUGGGAUCAUAAGAUUGACAGAUAGUUAACAUAGACAUAUAAUUGAUGUUGAGACAUGCUAGUGAGGCUUAAGAAUAUUGGCUGUUAAACCUUAAUAUAAAAUUACAUUAUAUAUUUUAUACAAAAGUGAUAUUACGUAAAAUGUAUAGUAAAUGAAAACUACUGGUUUUAUAAAUACGAUAAUUUUGAAAUAUCAUUACAGUUAAUGUAUAUGUGUGUGCAGUACAACAUUACAGUAAUCCCUCUCUAAUGUUUAAGGUUUAGUAAGAGAGUUUCUUGAACUUCAACAAAUUGAGUGUCACUGGGGUCAACAUAUUAUGGGAAAGAAAGGCUUAGAUUCUUAAAGCUCAAAAUUGGGUACCAACCCAGGAAUUAUUUUUUUCUCUAAAUAAAGCAAUGCUGAAAUUUUGGGUAAUUUUAUGGAAAAUCAUUUAACAUGACAUACCCGGUAAUGAACAUCUCAGCCUAUGUGUAGUGAGACGAUGAUCUGGAUGCAAUACAAUAGUUGUUUAUGGGAGUUAGGUCACUAGUGUGAGAUGCUUUCAUAUGCUGAUUACAUGCUAGUUUUAAAUACUCAUAAAUGUAAAGAAAAGUCAUUCAAUAUGAACUGCUUUCAUGAUUUAAAAAAAAUUAUGUCGCCUUCAGAGAGAAGGUAAGGUUGACAAACUGCUUCACAUGUAUUUCAUAACUAAAAUAUACCUCUUCCUAUACCUAAGUCAUAUCAUAGGCUAUACUAUUUAAUACGCUCUCAUUGGACAAUUGGUUGCUUAAGUCCUAAAGAUACCCCUAAAGUUCAGGGGCAUCUUUUGAGGGCUGGGUAUUGGAGUACAAGGAACACCCUUACUUCUUCCUAGGGCUUGGAGAUAAACAAGCCAAACCUGCUUGUGUGCAAUUGAGCACCUGGUUUGUAUGGUGCAAUCACCAUAUAUGUUCUUAUUGACAUCUACAUGAAUUGGAGAUUUCACUUCUGCGAUCAAACAUAAUCAGUAUAAAUUAAUUAUUUGAAGGUCAUUGAAGCAAAUUAAUUAUUGUACAUUAACAGAGGAUUACCCUAUUUGACAAUAGAAAAGUUGUACAUAUGUAUUAAAGAUAUAUUGAUAUAUGCUAUAUAUAAACUACACCUUAAAUAUACUUUAAUAAAGUACAGUACUGUAAAGAAAACAAGUUACACAGCUACACUAACCAUCAUCUUGAGUACAGCAAAUUUAUAUCCCACUAUGAUUGACUGUUUGUUCUGCCUAUUAUAGAAAUUGAAUUGAGCAUCUCGCAUAGUAAGUUUGUAUCUCCUGUAACCCAAAAUAUCAUAACUCAGUAAGAAGGAAUAUAUAUAUAUAUAUAUAUAUAUAUAUAUAUAUAUAUAUAUAUAUAUAUAUAUAUAUAUAUAUAUAUAUAUAUAUAUAUAUAUAUAUAUAUAUAUAUAUAUAUAUAUAUAUAUAUAUAUAUAUAUAUAUAUAUAUAUAUAUAUAUAUAUAUAUAUAUAUAUAUAUAUGUAUAUAUAUGUAUGUAUGUAUGUAUGAUGGAAUCAUAGGAAGGGUCAGGCAUAUCUUAGAACAUUCUUUUAUUUUUAAAUUAUCUAUGCUAAAUAUUAAUUAAGUAAUCUUGUAAAUGCUUGAAUUAAGCUCUUUGUUAAAAGUUGUUUUGUGAAUGUCUAUAUUCACAGAUAUUGUAUUUAUUUUUUUAAUUGGGAUUGUUGUUAUUGCAGCAAAUAACAAGUGUACUGAAUUGUCAUGACUAAGUCUUACACAGUACAAUAUCAUAUGUGAUUAUACCAUAUUUUAUAGCUAAGUUCACCUGCUAGAAUUGUAUUCUGCAUUGUUCAAUAACUUAUGGUAAUAUUUAAGUUAAGAAAAUUGAGCAGUACUAUGUUGUUUUCUGUUUGUUCAUUUUAUAAUCAUACAAUAAAAAGAGCACCACUGCAGGCAAACUGUGGGCAAAUGUUCAGUCUGCCAUUACUUCUGUUAGCAUUUCAUUGUGGUUUGGAGAACACUUGUCAAUGUUGAGUGUUCAUUCUGGCACUGUUUUUACAGUAUAGGUCAGACUUUCCUCAUUGAAUAAACCUUUAGUCAUUUCUCUUUAGUAGAGUAGCGUACACCAAAUUUGUGUAAAUUUGACAUGAUGACGUGCCAUAAACCACUGUGCUGUACAUUUGAACAGGUAUAUCAAAACUUAUUACAGUAAACCUGCAAUUGCCUAUUGUCUCCAAAUUCGUAAUUUCUAUAUGCAAUACCAUAAUGAACCAAUUUAGGCCUUAAUUUUUUUCUUUGAAUCUUGUUUCA